AUGCAGAAAAGAUUCAAAAUAAUAAUCUGGGAUUGGCUAUGCACUUCUGAGGUAUAAGCCACUGAGUAAGAUGUAAUUUAAAUAUAGAGAGAAUAUGACCUCACAAGAAAACAAUCACUUAAAAUUUGAAAUGUUGGAUGAUAUAAAUUGUUAAAAGAAUAACUUAGUCAGAAAGUUGUAUAUAAUACAAAUAUAGGGAAAAAAUUAUUAAAAUGAUUCAGAUGUAAUACUGGAUGGUUUCAAAUAGAGGUUCGGUAUAUUUUGAAUAAAAACAUCUAAACGGUUAACCUAUGCACCCUUAGAUAGAGGGAAGUUGUGGUAUAAUUGAUGAUUUAAGAAAUAGAUUAAAUCUGGCUUAAGAAUAGACCAUGACCUUUAAUAACACAAGUAGUGAAGAACGGAAGUUAGGUUGGAAAAUUAGCAAAAGUAAUUUUAAUUAUUAUUACAUAAUUAGAGUGA